AUGAAUGGCAUCACCAAAAGCCGCUUCGAGGUGUUUUCAAACAGUGAUGAAGCUCCCAUCAACAAGAAGCUUCCCAAAGAGCUUCUACUUAGAAUAUUUUCCUAUCUAGACGUGGUUACACUAUGUAGGUGUGCCCAAGUAUCAAAGGCGUGGAAUGUGCUGGCCCUGGACGGCAGCAACUGGCAGAAGAUCGACCUCUUCAACUUUCAGACAGACAUUGAGGGCCGGGUGGUGGAGAACAUUUCGAAGAGAUGUGGGGGCUUCCUGAGGCAGCUGAGCCUCAGGGGCUGCUUGAGUGUGGGUGAUGCCUCAAUGAAAACAUUUGCACAGAAUUGUAGAAAUAUAGAAGUGUUGAAUUUAAAUGGUUGCACCAAGAUCACGGACAGCACCUGCCUCAGCCUCAGCAAGUUCUGCUCUCGACUCAAACACUUGGAUCUCACAUCGUGUGUGUCCAUCACCAACCACUCCCUCAAAGCCGUCAGUGACGGCUGCCGAUUACUGGAGAUGUUGAACUUGUCUUGGUGCGAUCAGAUCACACGUGACGGUAUCGAGGCUUUGGCGAGAGGCUGCUGUGACUUGAGAGCAUUGUUCCUCAGAGGCUGCACUCAGUUGGAAGAUGGAGCUUUGAAGCACCUUCAGAAACACUGCCCAAAACUAACCACCAUCAACUUGCAGUCCUGCACACAGAUAACAGAUGACGGCCUGGUCAGUCUUUGCAGAGGUUGCUCCAAGCUACAGUUUCUGUGUGUGUCUGGCUGCAGUAACAUCACUGAUGCCUCUUUAACUGCCCUGGGACUCAACUGUCCCAGACUUAAAAUACUAGAAGCUGCUCGAUGUUCCCAUGUUACCGACGCUGGAUUUACUAUUCUUGCACGAAACUGUCAUGAGCUUGAAAAAAUGGACUUAGAAGAAUGUAUUUUGGUGACAGACAAUACUUUGGUUCAACUGUCCAUCCACUGCCCUCGGCUGCAAGCAUUGUCAUUAUCUCAUUGCGAGCUGAUCACAGACGAUGGGAUCAGAGCUUUGAGCAGCAGCGCCUGCGGACAAGAGCGCCUCACGGUGGUGGAGCUGGACAACUGCCCCCUCAUCACAGACUUAACACUGGAGCACCUCAAGAGUUGCCAUCGUCUGGAGCGCAUAGAACUGUAUGACUGUCAGCAGGUCACGCGGGCUGGCAUCAAGCGCAUUCGGGCCCAUCUUCCUGAGAUCAAAGUCCAUGCAUAUUUCGCUCCAGUGACUCCGCCUCCCUCUGUGCAUGGAGGUGGCCAGCGCCUGUGCCGCUGCUGCAUCAUCCUCUGA